CUCGACGAGAGGAGCACACUUUCUAUUUUUGCCCAGCAUAUCUGCAUACACACUCGGCUCGCGUGAGCGAGUUCAAGCGUGAACGACGUCCUCAUCCGCAGGAUCCGCAGCUUGUUCAGGUUGAUGUGUGGCAGGAAACGCUUCUCCAGUACAACACAUAGGAAUUCUACGGCAAAUGAGUGCCGGUUCAUAGAAAAUCAUGGCAAACGGUGUCAGUUUAUCCUAUCGCACCAUGCCUACGUACGUUGUCGCAUACUCUUUACCCUGCCAUGCCACCCUCACACACUCACAUUAUGCACAAUCUAUUUCCUCGGCAAGCUGCAAGGCACGGACGGCCCUAGCUAGCGCACUUUGCACUUGCACCGUUGCGAGGACAUGUGCCAGAGGAACGAGGUGCUAAGCGCCGUCGUCACUGCAGGCGUAGAUUCUGAACCUGGUCGAGAUAGAGUGGGUUAUUGCACUUCGCACCCAUACCACGCGCCGAUGAAAAUAGUCACAAUUGCCAUUUUCGUGAAAAUUCCGCUCCGCUCGCGCCGUGGUGUGCCAAGAAGUGCAUGGUGUUUGUUGGAGUUGGAGACAAGCUCGCUAGCCUUUACUUAGGCAUACUACUGGAAGUCAUGAUAGCGGCCGAGAAUAGUGUGCUGGUAUCUGCCAUGUAAAUGUCAGCGUGGCAUGCAAUUGUGGAUGUCAAUAUUCGUGUCCAUACGAAACCAGUGUCAUUUGGCGGUCAACAGAGACUUCAGGCAGGGACAGAUGGAAAAUAUGUGCUAAGCCCCUGGCCUGCCGAGCUGAUGUUGGAUUGAUAACCGCCGUGGUCCCAACGUCGGUAGAUCCUGAGCUAAAUGGAGCAACGACUGAUGUAAUACUGCAAUACUAACAUCAGCAAGACGAUGUGUACUCGCUUCAUGUAACGUUGGUAAAGUGGCUGUCAGGGCGCAGGUCACCCUGAACUCUGUGAACAGUGCGGAGGACGCCCGGGCUGCUGCUGCGGCACAUCGUCCGCGUGAAAACCUGGAGUGAGUGUUGGACUACGCUAGGCCAGUGAUCUGACCCGAACGCUAUGCGCGGAAUGAUCGUCAAUCUCAGACGAAAUUCCGCCCAUCAACAAAAAUAAUUGUCCAGACUCUUCUGCGCAGUAGUUUCUGGGAGUUGUUGGCAAAUGGAUAUGGAUUUGGCGGUUGUUUGCCAAGCAGUACGGAAGCAGCUCUGCUGAUUAUAAUAAUUAUUAGUGCUAUGUGACGCUGAGGCGCCUGAAGUCUGUCAUCUAUCUGGAUAUGCUUUUGGUAUUCCAGCACGGAGCUGUGAACUCCUUUCUCUGCUGCUGCUGCUGCCGACAUCAGUUGACCUCUGUGUGCACCCUUCUCUUAGUGUUUGUGCUAGCCGACGGAAUGCUGAAUCUUGGAGCAAUGAGCGUGGACGCUGCGCCGGUGUUGUCGAACGAUGCAGGAGUUGAUGGCUGGGAUGUUAACCGGCUUGCAGACAUGUUACACCUCCUGAGAAGAAUACACGACAGUGGUGCUGUAGCGCCUACCGUGUCCACUGCUAGCCACCAGAGUCAUACAGAACUGCUGCCGGUAAUAGUUGAAGCAUUCGGCGUAAGGUCUGCAGGCAUCGAGCGUAGUUCAGACGCCAAUGGACUGUUCGAUACACUGAGCAGCGUGGUGAAAGCGUUUGGCGCGGCGGGCGUGAAGCGGGUUGGCGCCCACCACAGACGUAUGGUCAGGGCUGCAGAAGCACCAGCCAGCGGAGCUGUGCUCAACGACGGGACAAACGUAGACAGUGAGAACGUCACAACUACUGACGUAGACACUCCAACAGAGCCGUACCUAUCCAACACCACCACCGAUGACAUCACUACCCGUCACCUGCCCAGCAACUCCAUGGCAACUGCCAAGCCGAUUUCGACCGUCGUCACGGCAACCACGGUUGUGGUGAGGAGCGAGGGUGCAGGAGGCGUCAAUUUGAAGGUCUUCCACCUGCUGGUCAUUGUCUGUGCCGUGUUCCUCUCCGGUUUCAUUGUCGGUGGUCUCUCCGUGUGGCUGAUGGCGGCGAGGAGGCGCAAACGAGGCACCCGCGCUGCCAACAGUGAGGUGGUGGCCAAUCCGAUAUUCGAGCAGUCUGCCGACGGAUCACUGCAGCCACGGCACCCGUCCCUUCGAGCCCUGCCAUCAACGAUAUCCGCAAUCACGCACCGCUUCCAUCGGCCCGGCUUCGAGGAAGGAUACUUUGUGCCCGACGAGGGUUGGGCUGUGAUCACUGCCAAUAUCAAUGUUGAGGACAUGAACAUUCCCAUUGGCAGUGCAGGUAGCACGACAGUUGCCGGUGCUCUCGAGCCAACGCGCGGCAGAUACAGCCAUCAGGGUCAGGGUAUCGGGGGCAACAUGAUGGAGGUCGCGUCCCCCGCUCGCCGUUCGCCGGAGCCCAGUGAUCGAAGCCUUCCGGCCAUUGAGUACAGCGAGUCGCUACAGCGUUUGGCAGCUGCUGGCAAUGUGCUGGACACACGACAAUCACAUUUUGUUCUGGAACCUACGCCAAGACAGUCGUUCGAGGACACGUCGUCGUUGUCCGUAGUGGAGAGGGUGACCGCGCGCAAAAGCCAAGUCUCAGUGGGCGGCCAUAGAAGGUCAGCUCAAGGAAGAUCCUGUAGCCUACCAGACGCCAAUAUUCCCGAACAGAAUCUCAGCGUGCCGCUGCAAGACUUGGCAUUGCCCGGUGACAACGUGGAGGCGGAUGCAAGGCGGCACAGUGUGUUUAAGUCGUGCACACUACGACGGGUUUCCUCCGACAAUGGCAUAGCACUGGACGAUCUCUACCGAGACGCCACGGGCAUGGCUGGCGGACACGAGGUGGAAGUUGUGCCCCCGUCCGCGCGAGCCUCGCGCGACGCCAUGGAAAGCCAAUCCGAGCCGGGCAGUCCUGCAGCCGCUGCCACGGCGGCUGCAGGACGUGACAUGCAACGCCAGCGCAUGGACGUACACCGCACACUGGCGCCCGAUCGGCAACGCCGCUGGCGCACUCGUCUCGACAGCGGCUCUGCGGGCGGUGCCUGUGUGAAGACAGCCAGCGACUGGCAGGCGGCGGAUACAAACGCUGCCACUGCGGCGUACGCUCGGCCGGCUGACAUGGCCGCGAAAUCGCACGUGUCAGCACCUCCUGGCCUCGGCCGCGCUGCUAGUGAUCACGCCAUUGUGGGUUACAAUGAGUUUAGCUCAGUGGCGGCAGCGCGACGGGACCAGUUCCGCUUGAGUCCAAUGAACAAAGACCGCGUUCUUAGCUGGAUCGAGAGCCAGGAGAACAUUCUCCAGAGCGACUUUGACUUCCAUCCAUCGUCACCUAUAUCUCAAUCCCAGGUCACGCCUCAACCGCACGAGCCGGCGGCCGCUAAUACCGAAGACGCAGAAGUGCCGCCAAAGCGUGUCGGAGAUGCCAGCACAGCGCGCUCCAAACUAGCCGAACCCGGUGUGCACUAUCACAGAUCGCUCGACGAGACGGUGGUAGUUGGCGAAGGUGGAGGUGCCAGAGGAGCCCCUCUCGGCGAGGAACAGCCUGGAACAACUCGGCAGCAGCCCCUACGAGAACCACUGCUCGCCAGCCAGACAGCCCAGAUAAUGUACUCCACGUCAACCGGGGUGAUGUUCCCCGCUGCCACGCAGACACUAGAAUCGAUCAUUGCACCGCACCCCCUCGCGUCCCCUCCAGAUGAGCACGACCAGCCGCCGACUGCAGUGUCUAGUUACGAGCCACGGAUACGACAACGCCAACACCAGCAUAGUGAUGCGCCGGCAGCAGUAGAAACAGCAGCAGCAGCAACAACAACAACAGUAGCACAGUCUGUGAGUCCCAGUCAGCGGCGCACCUCCCUUCGGCCCAGCGUCACGCGCACGGACACCAAGACAGCGCAGCGCUUGAGCAUGCACCCUGUUGACGUCAUGGAGCUUGAUCAUGGAGUUAAUUAUCCCACGGAAGGACCUCCAGGCACACUCGAAUAGGAUGGAAGGUGCAGAACGUAGGAAGUCCUGCUGCCACCGCCUC